CGGGCGGCUCCCGGAGCAGCGCGAAGCUGCGGCGUUUGAGCCUGGGGGCGGACCGUAGCGCGGGCCGGAAGCGGCGGGGCGGGCGGCCGUGAGGUGUGCUGGCGGUCGGUAGCCGAGGCCGUGCGCUGCUGUCUGUCCGCUCCUUUCCACAGCCCCCAGCGCGAACAGGCGUCGCCAUGUCGUCGGUGAGCCCCAUCCAGAUCCCCAGCCGCCUGCCGCUGCUGCUCACCCACGAGGGCGUCCUGCUGCCCGGCUCCACCAUGCGCACCAGCGUGGACUCGGCCCGCAACCUGCAGCUGGUGCGGAACCGCCUGCUCAAGGGCACGUCGCUGCAGAGCACCAUCCUGGGCGUCAUCCCCAACACGCCCGACCCGGCCAGUGACACGCAGGACCUGCCGCCGCUGCACAGGAUUGGAACGGCUGCACUGGCAGUUCAGGUUGUGGGCAGUAACUGGCCCAAGCCCCACUAUACUUUGCUCAUUACAGGCCUAUGCCGUUUCCAGAUUGUACAGGUUUUAAAAGAGAAGCCAUAUCCUGUUGCUGAAGUGGAACAGUUGGACCGGCUUGAAGAAUUUCCCAACGACACCUGUAAAACUAGGGAGGAGCUAGGAGAACUAUCGGAACAGUUUUACAAAUAUGCAGUACAAUUGGUUGAAAUGUUGGAUAUGUCUGUCCCUGCAGUUGCUAAAUUGAGACGUCUUUUAGAUAGUCUUCCAAGGGAAGCUUUACCAGACAUUUUGACAUCAAUUAUCCGAACCAGCAAUAAAGAGAAGCUCCAGAUUUUAGAUGCUGUGAGCCUAGAGGAGAGGUUCAAGAUGACUAUACCACUGCUUGUCAGACAAAUUGAGGGCUUGAAAUUGCUUCAAAAAACCAGAAAACCCAAGCAAGAUGAUGAUAAGCGGGUUAUAGCAAUACGCCCUAUUAGGAGGGUUACACACAUUCCAGGUACUUUAGAAGAUGAUGAUGAGGAUGAAGAUAAUGAUGACAUUGUCAUGUUAGAGAAAAAAAUACGGACAUCCAGUAUGCCAGAGCAGGCCCAUAAAGUCUGUGUCAAAGAGAUAAAAAGAUUUGCAAGGAGUUCUUUCACUUCAAAAUUCCAUGUGCUCAAAUUAUUUCUGUUGGAUUAUUUGACAGACCGCCUGGAUAUUCGGGCAGCCCGGAUUCUUCUGGAUAAUGACCAUUAUGCCAUGGAAAAAUUGAAGAAAAGAGUGCUGGAAUACUUGGCUGUCAGACAGCUGAAAAAUAACCUGAAGGGCCCAAUUCUUUGCUUUGUUGGCCCUCCUGGGGUUGGCAAAACAAGUGUGGGAAGAUCAGUGGCCAAGACCCUAGGUCGGGAGUUCCACAGGAUUGCACUUGGAGGAGUAUGCGAUCAGUCUGACAUCCGAGGACACAGGCGCACCUAUGUGGGCAGUAUGCCUGGUCGAAUAAUCAAUGGCCUGAAAACUGUUGGGGUUAACAAUCCAGUGUUCCUAUUAGAUGAGGUUGACAAACUGGGAAAAAGUCUACAGGGUGAUCCUGCAGCAGCUCUACUUGAGGUGUUAGAUCCUGAGCAAAACCAUAACUUCACAGAUCAUUAUCUAAAUGUGGCCUUUGACCUUUCCCAAGUUCUUUUUAUAGCUACUGCCAACACCACUGCUACUAUCCCAGCUGCCUUGUUGGACAGAAUGGAGAUCAUUCAGGUUCCAGUACGGGUGGUAUUUAGCCAAAAAUCAAAUAUUUUUUUUGAUGACAGGUAUACCAGAGAGGCAGGGGUUCGUUCUUUGGAUAGAAAAUUUGGGGCCAUUUGCCGAGCCGUUGCUGUGAAGGUGGCAGAAGGACAACAUAAGGAAGCCAAGUUGGACCGUUCGGAUGCGACUGAGGGAGAAGGUUGCAAAGAACACAUCUUAGAAGAUGCAAAGCCUGAGUCUAUCAGUGACACUACUGACUUGGCCCUACCACCCGAAAUGCCAAUUUUGAUUGAUUUCCAUGCUCUGAAAGACAUCCUUGGGCCCCCGAUGUAUGAAAUGGAGGUAUCUCAGCGUUUGAGUCAGCCAGGAGUGGCGAUAGGUUUGGCUUGGACUCCCUUAGGUGGAGAAAUCAUGUUCGUGGAGGCGAGUCGGAUGGAUGGCGAAGGCCAGCUCACUCUGACUGGCCAGCUGGGGGACAUCAUGAAGGAGUCCGCCCACCUCGCCAUCAGCUGGCUGCGCAGCAAUGCGAAGAAAUACCAGCUGACCAACGCUUUUGGAAGUUUUGAUCUUCUUGACAACACAGACAUCCAUCUGCACUUCCCAGCUGGAGCUGUCAUGAAAGAUGGACCAUCUGCUGGAGUUACCAUAGUAACCUGUCUCGCCUCACUUUUUAGUGGGCGGCUGGUACGUUCAGACGUAGCCAUGACUGGAGAAAUUACACUGAGAGGCCUUGUUCUUCCAGUGGGUGGAAUUAAAGACAAAGUGCUCGCGGCACACAGAGCAGGACUGAAGCGAAUCAUCAUUCCCCGGAGAAAUGAGAAAGACCUUGAAGGAAUCCCGGGCAACGUACGACAGGAUUUAAGCUUUGUCACAGCAAGCUGCCUGGACGAGGUUCUUGAUGCAGCUUUUGAUGGUGGCUUUACCGUCAAGACCACACCUGGUCUCUUAAAUAGCAAACUGUAGGCCCAGAUCUCAGCUUUUUAGAAUUUUAAGUUAUAAAAGUGCCAGAAGGUACUGACAAGGUUGAUUUUAUUCACAGCAAUAGGGGUAUGCAGAAUGUCCCUAUUUUGUAAACAUAAUCAUAACAGUAAUGAACUUCACUCAAGUAGCGGCUAGUGUUUAUGACAGAAAUAUAAGAUUAAUUUAAUAAAUUGAUAAAAAU